AUGUCCACGCUUCGUAUUCGAAAAGAUCUUGCUACCCUCGAUCAGGAUGAGCUUGACACGCUCAUCAGGGCAUUCCAAUAUAUCAUCAGCCUGAAGCCAGACGACAAGGACGACAAGAACGCCAAGAACUCCUAUUUCACCAUUGCUGGGUAUCAUGGCCUUCCAGCACCAAUCUACUGUCAGCAUGGGAAUGUGUUGUUUCCUACAUGGCACCGUGCCUAUCUCUUGCGACUAGAGAAUGCUUUGCGGAGCGCCCCAGGAUGCAGCAAUCUUGCUCUGCCUUACUGGAACGAAUGGUCGAAUGAAUCAAUGGAGAAGGGGCUGCCCGAUCUUUUCACUCAGAAGGACUACAAAUUCAAAGAUGGAACGUCUAUUCCAAAUCCCCUGUUCUCCUACAAGUUACAGGAAGGCGUACAUGAUCUGGACGACCAAAAAAAAGACUUGCCCGAUGGCUACACAAAGCCUAAAGGGUAUGAAACAGUGAGAUACCCCUAUUCUGGACUCGUCAGCUCCGACUUCAACACUCAAACCUCGGAUCACAAUGCCCAAGUGAACAAGCUGCCGCCUGGAAAGCCUACUGAACUCUUGAACGGCAAUGUGACUCGCUGGCUCAAUCUCAAAAUCUUCAAGAACUACAAGGGCGAGGAGGUCAACGCGGGAAUUGCGCAAAAUUUCAAAGAAUGCCUCGAUGCCCCCAAUUACACUGUCUUCUCGAAUGCGAAUUCGGCCCAGGACUGGAACAAAACGAGGGUGCGGCGUGAUUUCGAUUCUGUGGUGGUCUCCCUUGAAGAGCCUCAUAACUCCAUGCAUUUAGCCAUUGGGGGUUUCGACGUGCCCAACAAGCCAGAGGACAAUGUCGACGUUUAUCCAUUCGCAAACGGCGAUAUGGGUGAGAAUGAUACGGCGGCAUUCGAUCCGGUUUUCUUCUUCCAUCAUUGUUACAUAGAUUAUAUGUUCUGGAAGUGGCAGAACUCUCACAACAAGUCCAGACAGCUGGAUAUCAUACCUGGCCUCGACGGCACAGAGGGACUGAGUCUCGACACUUCCCUGUAUCCAUUCACCCGAGAGGACAUUACCCCCGGAGAUACGCAGCCGAUGACUUCCAAUGACGUCACCGACACGGCCAAUCUUGGUUACGACUAUCCCAGACCCAAGGGUCAUUUCAUUCUUCCAGGUCCAGAAUUCAGAAAAGGACCUAAACUCACAGCAACUGGUAUCAACCGAGCUCGAAUCCGGGGUUCGUUCGUCAUCUCCACCUGGGCCAAGGGCAAGAAUGGCCAGCCAGACAAGCUCUUAGACACCAAGUCAGUGCUUAGUCGGUGGAACACCGGAAGUUGCGACAAUUGUCAGAACUAUCUAGACAUUGAAUCACACAGGAAGCUCUGGGGCUUUUCGAACGAUGAGGCGUUGGACACGGAUUUCUAUGCGCUGGUACAUACGAGAGACAACCCUGAAGGUAUCGAUACCAUCGAAGGCAACAAGAUCCAGGCCGAUAUUGGAACAGCACAGUGA